UAGGGGAUGGAAGGCAGAUCUCUGGGGCUGCGAGCUCCGGAUUGGUCGUGGGAGAUCCCCUAUGGGGUGCGGGUACGGGAGGAUCCGCGUAGGGCAGGGAAGACUCUCAGUGAAGGAGUUUGGCAUACUCCAUAUGGUCGGGGUGACCUUCUUAGGGGAAUGGAGUAAGGGAGACCCUCCAUAGGGUGUAGUAAGCUCCGUAUGGGUCUGGGGAAAUUGUAUGGGGCGUGGUAAAGUCCAUAUGGAUCAAGGCAGACUCUCUACGGGGCAAGAGUUUGGCAAGCUCCACAUGGGUCAAGGGAGAUCCUCAAUGGGGCAAGAUAUAGCAGGCUCCAUAUGGGUUUGGGGACAGUCUCUAUGAGGUGUAUGUAAUAUGUGGCAAGGGAGAUCCUCCAUGGGGCAAGAGUUCAGCAGGCACCAUAUGGGGUAAGGGAGAACCUCUAUAGGGUAUGUUAAGUUCCAUAUGGGUUAGGGUAAACCUCAUGCAGGUCAUGGAUACGGUAAGAUCCGUAUGUAACAAGGGAGACCCUCUAUGUAGUGUGUGUAUGGCAAUUACUGUAUGAGUCAAGGGAAAUCCUCUAUGCAGCAGGGAGGACUCCCUGUAGGGUAGGAGUCUAGCACUGUACGGGGAAAAGAGACUUUAGGGCAGGAAUGUGAUAAGAGCCAUAUGGUUCAGGGGUUCUGGGGGACAGGCCCUGGCUGCCUAUACUGAGGAGGUUAAGAGGAGCCUGCAGGUCCCACCAGCAGGCUGAAAUUUAGGAGACCCUGCAUCCACUCCCAUCAUAUCCCACUGUGCUGCAGGGCCUGAUGAACUCUUGGAUACAAGGUUUUGGAGACAAGGGCAAUGGCAUCAGGGUUUGUAAGUGACACCAAGACCUGGUACCCCACUUGCAGCUCCUGAGAACCCCUAGAAAAUAGGGGGUCUCCAAAACCAAGGUGGAACCUUCACGCAGACCAGUUCUAAAGGGGACAAGUCCCUACAUUUGAAGGCCCGUAACUGUCUCCUGCAGCUCAGCCAGUGUUGAAUCCCAGGGAAGGGCAAGCUCAGCACAGCCCUCAAUUUCCAAUGAGGCAAGCAGAUGUCUCCAUAAAGCAGCCUGCUUGAAAAUAACCCUGCCUUACACUCAAAUCAAAUCUCUUCCCCUACCUUAUUGCCUGGAAACCAGCUUCAUGUCACAGCCACAGCACUUGCAUGUGUGCCAGAAAGAGUGCCGCAGCAAGACAACCCCUUUGGGAGCAUCAUUAUGGGGGAAAAGAGUGCUGCUGAUGCCUUCAGAGCAUCAGGGCAUGACCACAUGUAAUUAGGUUGCUGCAGCUCUGAGGCACUUCUGGUUACGAACACUGGGAAGGGCAUGUGUUCCUCAUACUCAUAGAGGAUGACUAGGACACUAAGGGUGACAGCCCAGCUAGCAGGGCAGGAACCUCAUUACCCAGAGAUAAGCUUCACACCUGAGUGGAGGACAGUGGUCAAGCCCAACCAAGAGCCCAGAUCAAAUGGCACACCCCUAGCAAACCCACAGUCUCAAGGUCAAGCCAUCCAGCAAUAGCUAAGCAGCUCUCCAGCCAAUCCGUAGGUUGAGGUCCGUAUGAGUAGCACCAAAAACAAGCAUAGCUAUACCUAAACUGGAGACCAGCCCACAGUAAAUCUCAAAUUAGAGAUGAAAGCUGUAAAUCGGAGCUUAAAUAGAGCUGUGGGAUCAUACAGAGGCUGGGGCUGAUCAGGACCCUGGGGGGGCCCCAAUUACUCCUCUUGCUCAUUGCAUUAUGGCUUUGCAAAGGCGUUUGCUCAGCUGAAGGGGUUUCAGUGGGGAGCUAGAUGUUCCCAGGGCCAGACCUUGGGUGCUGGGUCAGGGCACAGGCUCCCACUUAGGGAUGUCACUGGCAUAGGUGCUGUCCCACAUGCAAUGUGACAAGCACCUGAGACCUGAGCCACCCCGAUGUGACGCAGAGAUGGACGGAGACUUUCCUCAUAUCGCAUGCUUCAACUUUCCGAACUGCUCCCACAUUCAGCAGAUGAAAGAAAAUAUAGAGAGGGCAGGUGGAGGGCAGGGGCUCAGGUUACUGCUGCUCCAGCCUUCAUCAUCUGCCUCUUCUAUUUUAACAAAUUCUCAGUAUUUUUCAGCCGGUGCUUUUAUCCCCCCAAGCCUCGCUUUUGUCCCUCUCCCAUCCUGCUGUUCCUCGGCUUGGAAUAACUGCUGUUGUCCUCCAGCAAACACACUGACAGGGUAAUGAAUGGCUUCAGAUGGUAAUUAGCAAUGGAGCUGCUAAUAACGCGAUUCAUUUCCAUUUUAAGUGCUGCAGAACACUGCGAAAAAAUGGACCACGGGUGGCAAGAUUUGAUCCCAUAGCGCAGUUUUCCUCCCUGCUGCGUGAAUGGUUGUUGAAAUCCUUCCUUGUUAUUUUCCUAGAGGUUUUAGCGUCUUUUGGAGGCAGUGUUUUCCCACGGAGGCUUUAAACCAUUUCAACCAUGCCAUUGGCCCUGCCUCAGUUUCUCCUCUUGGUGCCAGGACCCAGGUAUGUCUCAGCAGUGGUACCCACUGUUGCAGCAUUGGUGGUGGCGGGGAUGGGGCUGGCUGAUCAUUCAUUUAUUUAUGGAUUUUGCAAGCCCUGCUCGGGGUGAAAACAAUCCCAGGUCCUCCGGAGGCCGAUAAGAUUUGGCAGCAAGGCAAUACUCGGCAUCUCUUUCCACUGUGCAAUGAUCCGGAGGCUGGGGCGGGGGGGACAGGGGACAACUGCUGCUGUUUGCAGGCAGCUUGGUGUCCUUGAGAGAAGGGACGAGGUUCUCUUUAAGGGGGCAGGACUCGGGGAGCAUCACAAAGCCAGGAGAGAGCUUCUCCCUCUGCCCUCCCAGGGAUGGAGGCAGCAGCAGGGUGCUGGCAUGGGAGGCUGAGCGAGGGGAGGAGGAGGAGGAGGAGGGGAGGGAGGGGAGGGAGAGGGGGAGGAUCUGCUAAUUACACAGAACAGCUCUGGGGGCUGCUGAAGUCCAGAAUGAAGCAAAGAGCGGCAGAAGCAAGCGCUGCAGCGGGAACAGAGGAGCCCGAGCAUUGCCGAGAGCUGCAGCCGGCAGCUAACGCAGGCAGCCAGGGGAUCCUACAGCUCUGGCCUCCCCCGGGGACAGCCAGCACCAGGACAAGGAGAGAGGAAGGGGCUGGGGGUCCCAGGGACGUGGCGGUGGAGCUGGAGCAAGGCAGCGCGGGCUAGGUGCAGGGUGAGGGAUGGCGGCCAAGCCCGUUGCCCAGUCUGGGAUGGAGAACUUCCGAAAGGUCAGGACGUCGGAGGAGGAGAGCCCCUUGCCCUUCCCUGACUUGCCCCCAGGUGUGGUGGAGAUGAAAGUGAAGGAGGGCAGCAAGAUCAGGAACCUGAUGAGCUUCGCCAUGGCUCAGAUGGAGCUGAAGGGCAGCCGGCAGAUUGUCUUCAGCGGCUGCGGCAGAGCGGUCACCAAGACCAUCACCUGCGUGGAGAUCAUGAAGCGAAAGCUGGGGGGUCUUCACCAGGUCACCAAGGUACGCUACAAAACCUUGCUGGAGGUCUGGGAGAACCAGGACCCGCUGCCCGGCGGUGCAGCACAGAAUCUGACCGUCCACAAGAACGUCCCUUCCAUCUGCAUCCUGCUCUCCCGUGACCCCCUGGAUCCCAACCAGACAGGCUACCAACCCCCCGAGCCCAGAGAGGCAGAAGAAGACCCUUCGAGCUCCUCAGCCAAGGGGCUGAAGCGGCCCCCACCGCCUGCCCGCGAGGAACUGCUGCCCAAGAAGCUGCAGGUAGCGGGAGCCAGCAGCCAGCAGGGCUCGGGGACAAGGGACAGCCAGACAGACAGCCACUACUGACUCAAUCACGUGCUCACAGCAGGGUCUGGGGGGCUACUGACCCCAUGCAGAACACAUCCUUGUACCCCCCUGACUCCUCAUUUGCCAUGAACGGGGGCUGCGCUGUGUAGGUCUGUGGGAAAUCCUCCCUUCUCCAAACUUUUCCUCCCUUUUGCCUGGCGCUGCGUGCACUUGCAGGGAUGUGGAGCCACUCAUGCCUCCUGCCAGCCCUGCUAAAUAACCCCCAGCACAGCAGCUCUCUGGGACUCCCACAGAGCCGAAGCAUCCUUUGGAUUUUCCCCAGACUGGGAAAGGCAGCUGCAUGCCACCACUCCACAUCGGGAUGUCUCAGCCAGCAGCAAAGAGCCUAAAACCCAUCGGAGUAACACCUUCAUUAUCAAAACCACUGCAAUUAGCCCCGGAGAGGAGCUGUCAGGUUUAUUAAUGCCGGGCUCCGCGCCUCGUGGCUCCUGUGAUUCAUCCUGAAUAGCACAAACAAGCAGAUGGGUCUUGCUCCCCCACCCAUCUCCCCGCUUUGUGUCUGCCCCUUCCUCUCCGCUGUGGCAUCGUUUCUAUUUUGUGCUUUGCUCUGAAAUACCCAAAGCUGAUCCUUCCUCUCCCAGAACUGCCGCAGCCUGAGAGCCAAGGAAACAAGCCCUGGAGCACUGCUUUUCAUUUCAGUAGCAGCCCCCAAAGAACAGAAAUGGAAAUAACCCCUCUUCCCACAUCACAUAUUCAGGUUUUUCCUCUCCCGGAGGUGUUUGCAGCCACGGUGAAAGCAUGAUGACAAGGGAUGGCGGCAAUGGGGAGCAUCAGGUGGAUCAUCUCCUGCAACGUGCUGGACAGAUGCUGGGAUGAAGGGGAGCUUUGUAGGUUUGGCUGUGGAGCAUUUGCUAUGGGCUGGCUCCCCAGAAAAGCCCUUUGGAGCGAAAUGCCUGCUUUCUCUAUGGGUAAAAGGAAACAAAUGGAAAAUAAAAGCUCUUUAGAAAUAGUUGAAGUAUGUCUAUGGGGAAAUGUGUGGGGAUCAUCUUCGCCACUGGCCAUGGCACAGAUGGGCACAGUGAGGGUGGGACUGUGGCUGCUGAUGAGCCAGAACAAGGCGAUUCUGGCCAAAUCCUGCCUCUUGGGGAUGAGGAAUUGAGGCCAGCUUCUUUGCAUGCCCUGGCAGCUGCCCGGCCCCUGCUGACACGGCACAGCCUGGCAUAUUCCCCCACGGAGCUCCAUCUGCCCCAUGCCAGCCCCUUGCCAGCACAUGGGGACCGGGGCAAUGCAGGGAUGGGUUGUGGGAAGCCAACUGAGCCCAAAUCCACCUGGGUCCCCUGCCCAAGCAGGACAGAUUCAGUUGGUUCCAGCAAGUGCGGUCUUGGGAUGGGGUCAGUGGGCAUCGCUGCUUUGCCAAGGGCUGGCUUGGAAAGUGCUUUGUUUGGCUGGGAGAGGGAAUGGAAGGAGACCAGGGGAGCGAGAAAGAGGAGGAAGGGGGGGGUUGCUUUGGCAGUGACCUUGUUAUCUCCCUCAGCAGGCAGCUGCUCCUCCGGGCUGGAGGCUUAUGCUUAUCUGCCCUGCCACAGAUUGAUUCAUUUCACUUAUCUGCCACCAUGUAAUUGAACAUUAAUUUCCAAUUGUUUUCUUAUUUUUGUGGAGGUUUUAUUCCCAGAAAGAAGGGGUUGGCAUAAGAUGUGGAGGGGGCUGAACAGACCCCAGAGUCAAAUUUGUCCACACCUCAGCGGUGCUGGGCCAGGUGCUGUGCGUGUGAUGCAGGCUCAGGCCAAUAAGCCUUUGUAGAACAGGUUGUUGUGUGCCCUGAGCCCUGCAAGCAGAUCAGCAGAAGCCUCCAGCACAGCAUCUUGCACUAGUUUCCAUCCUAAAUGAGGUUAAUGAAGAACUAUGCAUAAAGAGAUGGGGAAUCCUGGAUAUCACAGAGCGUGACGUGUCCCCCUGAAGUCUCUGCCCUGCCCUCACUGAUCACAGAUAGGAAUUUUUGGUCUCCUAACCAGCAGUGGCAGGACCCUGAAGCCUUGACCCCACUGCUGAUAGCCAGGGGUUUUUGGUCUCCAAACCAGCAGUGGCAGGACUUUGGGGGCAGAACUCAAUAGACAACUUGAUUGAAGCAUGAAGACUUUUGAGAACUAACAGUCCUUCAGCCUACUGCCAGCUCAUGUUGCCCCCAGCAAGGAGAAAGGCAAGGAGAGAGAGAAAAAAAAAAAAAAG